CAUCAUAAAAAAUUCUUCAUUUUUAAUUCCUGCCACUACAAUACUCGAGAUGAGUAUUUAUAUAUAUUUUACAUCGUUUCAGGGCUUUCAUCCUUGAUCAGUGUUCGCAUAAGCUAUCUAAAUAUUCAACAUGCAUAAUAAUGGAGCAUCCUACAGUCCGAAUUGGGUAUAUGACAGUCCAAUCCAUUCUGAUGUAGAGGCCAAGCUGAGGCGUCUCUUGGUUUCAGCAGGGAAUGCUGACACAAUACUUGGAAUCCAGGUUUGUGCCUACAAAGAUGGGAAAGUGAUCAUUGAUACUGCAGCUGGAGUCAUGGGAGCAGAUGACCCUCGUCCAGUUCAGCCCGAUACCUUAUUUCCUGUUUUCUCUGUAACUAAGGGUAUCACAGCAGGAAUGAUACAUUGGUUGGCUGAUAAAGGGAAACUAAAGCUUGAUGAAAAUGUUGCAAACAUUUGGCCGGAGUUUGGUACAAAUGGAAAAGAUCAGAUAAAGGUUCAUCAUAUACUUAAUCAUACAUCUGGUCUGCACAAUGCUCUUGCUGACAUGACUAAAAAUGAUCCUAUGUUAUUUUGUGAUUGGGAUGAGUGUAUAAAACACAUUGCAUUGGUUGCACCAGAGACCGAACCUGGUCGUGAACAGUUAUAUCAUUAUUUGGCGUAUGGAUGGCUAUGUGGUGGAAUCAUUGAGCAUGCAUCCGGGAAGAAGUUACAAGAUAUUCUUGAGGAAGCAUUUGUUCUUCCACUUAACUUGGAAGGCGAGUUUUAUAUAGGGAUUCCCCAUGGAGUGGAAUCUCGUCUGGCAACUCUUACGUUGGAUAAAGAUGGAUUCAAUAUGUUUGCCGCUCUAACUGCAACGAGUGAGUUUAAGUCUGCGGUGCCUUCCUCAUUCAUGCCCAGCAUGCUUGAAAGCCUUAUUUCCUCAUCAAACACGCUCAAUGUUCGACGUGCAAUAUUACCUGCAUCUAACGGACACUUCUCAGCCCGUGCAUUAGCCCGCUACUAUGCCGCCCUUGUUGACGGUGGUGCUGUCCCUCCCCGCCGUUCAUCCUCCCUCCCACCACUCGGAAGCCAUCCUCAAAUCCCCAUUACUGACAGCCAGACCACAAACUCUAAAUCCAAUCUUUACAAUGGAAUACCAGAAACCGAUGACACAAGGGAUGCAAUCGACACUAAAAUCUUUAGCAACCUGAAAUCUAAAAUUCAUGAUGCUUUCUUGGGAAACGGAGAUUAUAAGGAUUUAAUCUUACCGAAUGGAAGAUUUGGGCUUGGGUUUAGGAGGGUUAACACGACCGAUGGUUCCAUGAUUGGGUUUGGUCAUGCAGGCUUAGGUGGCUCGACGGGAUAUUGUGACAUAAAUAACCGGUUUUCUAUUGCGGUAACCAUAAACAAGUUGACUUUUGGGCCUUUGAUCUCGGAGAUAAUCCAAUUUGUUUGCUCAGAACUUGAUCUUCCUGUACCGGAAGAUUAUGCAGCAUCUUGGGAGUUCUUGAAGAAACCAGUGAUCAAUUAGAGGAGGUUUCGUCGAAAAUUACAAAUACAUACUUGAGCACUAUUUGAGAUAUGAGCUUUAUUUUACAUGUAAUUUUGUUGUAACUUUGAGUUGUUAAAUGAAGUAUAAGUUAUAAGUCGA